AAAAUAAUUUGUGGUUUGAGUUUGAGUCGAGCGUUUGAGUAUGGAUAUUUUCUUAAAUUCAUAAUAAAUUAACAUUUAGCAUUAAUGGCUUCGUCGAUGCAAAAUAAUAGAGUCUCGCCUCCGGGAUAUUGCGGAUGUUGUAGAACUUGCAACAUGUGGUGCUGGAGAGCAUUUAAAUGGCUCCCAGUAUUGUUAAUAGUGGCUAUAGUGACAUGGUCAUACUAUGCCUACGUUAUCCAAUUGUGCAUUUUUACCAUUGAAAGUACAGCACAGCAGUGUAUAUAUCUGGUGCUUUAUCACAUACUCCUGGUAAUGUUUGCCUGGUCAUAUUGGCGAACUAUUUUCGCUGAUAUUAAACCAAUUCCAGACAAGUACAAAUUGCCAGACACAGAAUUGGAAAAGUUACUUAGUGCAGAAACUGAAGAUGCUCAAAGGACAAUUUUAGAGAACUUUGCAAAAGAUCUCCCCAUAGUUACUAGGACAAUGUCAGGGUCCGUGCGCUACUGCAACCGCUGCGUGCUUGUCAAGCCGGACCGUGCCCACCACUGCAGCAUCUGCGCGCGCUGCGUGCUCAAGAUGGACCACCACUGUCCCUGGGUCAACAACUGUGUGUGCUUCCACAACUACAAGUUCUUCAUGCUCUUCCUCGGCUACGCACUGCUCUACUGUCUCUUCGUUAUGUCCACGUGCCUGCCUUACUUCAUAAGAUUUUGGAAGGGUGAUUUUGGUGUGUCGGGUAGCGCCGGGCGAUACCACAUAGUGUUUGCCUUCUUCGUGGCUCUGAUGUUCGCUAUCUCGUUGGGAUCGCUCUUCGGAUACCAUUGCUACCUGGUGGCACACAAUAGAACUACAUUAGAAGCGUUCCGAGCGCCUAUGUUCCGAGGCGGCGCAGACAAGAACGGCUUCUCAAUGGGCGCCUUCAACAACUUCAAGGAAGUGUUCGGCGUCAGUCCCAAUCUGUGGAUAGUGCCUGUAUUCACCAGCGCGGGGGACGGGUGUGAUUACCCCGUGCGGCGCGAGCACCAGCUGCAGACGUUCACCGCGCCGCCCGACCACGGCUACGACGCCAUGGGCACCACGCGCUCCAGGUCAGAUCAGGACGGCGACACGCUAGUGCCCCCCUCCCGGCACAUACCUUGACGUAUCGCGGUGUAACCUCUAUCGGCAUACAUCAUCUAUACAUCUCAAUUACUUUUACUUGGCAUCUAAGAGUCCGCGCAGGCAGAAGCGUUCAGUAGGCCUUUCAUGUGACCUACAACGUACCGGCUAAACCGGCGUCACAAAUCCGCAUAGUACGUAUCGGACGCAUCGCAUCAAACGGAUUUUAGUAUUCUUUGUCGUUCAAGUGCGUUCACUGAUCCACAUCGUACGGAUCGCAUCGAACGGAUUUUGCCUCCCGUAAAAUUAAAAAUCCGUUUGUUACGAUGCGCCUGAUAAAUAGGAUGCAAAUCUGGACGCUUACCAUAAACUGGAAAUAUCGAUUUUAAUAUUAUU